AUGCUUGAGUGGAUUCAUCCGCUGCUCAUUCCAAUGGCAUUCUUCUACUCAUUUGCAGCUCUAAUUGGGAUUAUUGGCAAUGCAAUUAUGAUAAUUGUCUUCUUCAAAUUCAAAAACCUCCGCUCGCCAUGCCACUAUCUGAUCACUCUCACCUGCUUUGCCGACAUGUGCCAUGUUUCUGGUCAGAUUGUCUUCGUCACUCACUUAUUUUCAAACUCAACAAGUUCCCAAUCGAAUUGCUUUUAUAUGAUUUUCAUACCUUGUAUGGGAUUAUGCCUUGGCAGUCCCCUAAUAAUGGUGAUGGGCAUCGACCGAAUGAUCUGUUGCCAAUUUCCGAUCUUCUAUCGGAACGUUUCAAGUCAUCCGAUCAUCUACACAUGUCUCUUAUUAAUAUUUCCAUUUGGAUGCGCAUUUAUUCUAAUGUAUAUCGCAUAUUUGGAAAAGGAUCCGAAUCCUGAGAAUCAAGUAGUGUAUGUAAUCCCAGUGGCGAUGCGAAAUCGCUCGUUCGAAUAUUUCAAUUAUUCCGGCGGCAUAAUUAAUGUGAUAAUUGUGAUAUUAUACGGAUACACCUAUUUCAAAUUGACGAGCUAUUCCGAUACUGGAGGUCCCAAAAUGCGCUCAGUGUUCAAAUCCAUCUUGGUCACUGUCAUAUUCGUCUUGUUCGGCUGGGCGAUCACUUUUAUUGUGAAUUCGAUCUCCUAUAAAAUCACUUCGGACCCCUUCAUUUCGUAUAUUAUGCAAAUUUAUGCAGGCGUUUCUGUCAAUAUCGCGUUGGUCUGCAAUGUGUUCGUCUUCUACUUCAUCAACACCGACUAUCGCGUUUGCAUCAAAAAGUUGCUGCAUUGUUCGAAUGCCGGCGAUUUCGAAUCAUCCGACAAAAUGACAAUUUGGAAUAGGAAUCAGGAAAUGGUGGCAACCAAAUGA